UCCCAGAUGUCGAUUUUUGUGGAAACAUUCACUAUUUUUAAGGAAUUCUACAUUUUCACAAUCCUGCAACCGCAUCCUGUUCUUAGAAGGAAAUAGAUGGUUGCUCGUGAAAGGGAAGUUCUGGUAUGAGAGCAUCUUCUCCUCCAGCAGCGACCACAAAGUAUAUAAGCGUCAGCAGGGAAAGCAGAGGCCAAUCUACGGGGGACGGAGAGGUUGGGGGCUGAAGCUUCCCUACCCUGCAAAGAAUCUGCCGGCAUUUUUCUGCAGGUACAAAAUUUACCCUGAAUAUGAGUGGGAUGCAGUUCUGUGCAGAGGACCAGCCCUGCUUGACAAAGAAUGCCUUCCAAGCCUGUGAGAUGGAUGUACAGGUAGCAGUUACCAAGAAAGAGCCUGCGAGGAGCUUCCGGAAGGCUGUGGUGAUUGUCAUUGCAACUGGGAAGAUGGGGAAUUCUGUUCCCAAGCUGUUCACUGAUGAGGAUCUGAUGGACAUUCUCAGCACCGUCUUAGAACCAGUCAAUUUUGACAUCUAUGGAUGCACAGAAGCCACUAAUUCCAUCUAUCAGUUCUCGAAGAAUAUUGUCUGCAGCAUCCAAGAUGCCGACCACAAGUCUCUCAUCUUGCAGGAGCCUGCACAGCUGGUGGCCAUACAUCUGCAGGGCCCCAACAUCAGCCAAGCAGUGAAGUUAAAAAUGUCUGUGUAUCGUCCAAAAGUCGAGGCUGGAACUCAAAGUGUCCCUGUUGCGUUGAGCAUCAAGGGGAGGAAACUCUACCUCUCUUGUGUGCUGAAAGAGGGGCAGCCAGUACUACAGUUGGAGGAGGCCAACAUCCAGGGGGACCUUGACAAGUCUGAGCUGGGCCGUUUCCUUUUCUACAGAAUUGACACUGAAAAGCACACGAGGUUUGAAUCAGCCGCUUUCCCGAAAUGGUUCAUCUGCACCUCCACCCAGCCUGAGGAGGCAGUUGCCUUGACUCACCAACCUGGGGGGCCUCUGGUCAUUGUGGAUUACACCCUCUCCGGCCACUGACUGAAGCCUGCUAGGUCUGGUUCCAGCCUUCGCGUGCCUUUCUGUCCUCUUUACUAUGUAAAGGGGCAGCAAUCUGCACACCCAAGGACAGACCAGUCCAACGAUUAUCCAGCCUGAGCUUUAUUGCUGGGGAGGAAGAGAUCACAUCUGUUGUUUUGGAGUCUGAACCAGAGAUAUGAUGAUAAAUUGGGGGGGGGGGCUAUAUUUAAGAUAC